GGGUAUUUUCAAUCCAAUUCUGAUGGAUCAGACAGACUAAAUAUGUCACUAAAAUUAAUUAGUAUGUGGAACUAAUAUAUUAAAUACUGAAUAUAUUAAAUAUAUAAGACUGUGGAACAUCAACAAAUGUAGAACAUGUGCAAUUGAAUAAGUAUAUUGGCGAUAUUAAAUAAAUAUCAAUAAGGAUGCACCUACUGCCUGUGCUACAGCGCCCCCAGAGGUGAGGCCCAGCACUGCACCGCCUCGCCUCAGACUUCUUACAUGCAUUUCAACAGGCAACGUGCAACUUCAGCAAUUUUUAUCCACAAAAAUGUUGAUAUUAUCAAUAAAAAUCCAAAUUUACCGAAAAGCAAAGCAGACAAAAGUUAUUUCUCUCAACAUUGUAACCAUUUAUUUUAUUCUCGCGUUGCGUUUUAACUUGUAAAAAGCUGCAUGGGCCUAGUUCAGAUGUUUCACUAAAUAUUAAUUUUGGAACGGAAUCUUUGCAAUGAGAAUAUUUGUUGUAGAAACGGAACUAUAAUUUUUGUUCUGGACUUCCGGUUCCACUGGCCCCGCCCCCUAGUCCUCCCUUCAGGAUUCUUCCUCCAUUGUUCUCGUUUCGUCAGCAGCGGGAGCGUCGCUGCAGCUGGAAGAGCAGCAGAUGAUGAUGAUGAUGAUGAUGAUGAUGACGAUGAUGAUGAUGAUGAAAUCUGGAAGGAAGUUUGCGGCUUGAGGCUCAGCUGGAGGGCAGCCGGAGCUCCAGCGGCGGCAGAGACGCUACAAGAUGGAGGACGUUUUCCAGCCCAGAGUCCUGCUGCGCACUGCAGACCAGAGUACUGAUAUGAACCAGCAGGAGGCGCUGCGCCUCCAGAUAAAGGAGGAAGAGGAAGAACUCUGUGUGAGUCAGGAAGGAGAGCAGCUCAGAGUGACGCAGGAGACGGACGGCAGGUUUCCAUCUACUGCAGCUCCCAUCAGCAGUAAGGAUGUUAAAGAAGAGCCUCCAGAAGAACAGAGUCCUGAUGUGGAUCCUUUCAAAGUAAAAGAGGAAAAUAAUCAAAUGUGCUGCCGUCAGGAAGACGAGCUGUUCAGAGUGAAGGAGGAGCCUGAUUAUUCCAGGCUCCCAUUAAAUAUUGUUUAUGUAAAUAGUGAGGAUGAUGAAGAGAAACCAGUGAUGUCUCAGCUUCAUCAGCAGCAGACAGGAAAUGGAGAUCUUCCAACCAGCAGCUCAGGCGACCAGAUAAAAGCAGAAAUUGAAGUGGAGAUCAGUGGAGCAGCAGAGUCCAGCAGGAACCCAGAUCCAAAUACUGCUGGAGGAACUUUGAGCCAAUCAGAGACUGAAGAGGAGGAUGAAGAGGAUGAAGAGGAUGAAGAGGACAAUGAUGAUGAUGAUUGGAACCAUCAUGAAUCUCAGCUUAGACCUUUGUCAGACUCUGAAACUGAAGGCAUUCAUCAAAAAUUACAUCUAAGCAAAAGCACAAAAGUUGAAGUUGAUGAAAAACCUUUUGGUUGUGAUUCUUGCGGAAAAAGAUUUUCCUUAAAGUCAUCUUUGUACAAUCACACAAAAAUCCACACAGGAGAGAAAUCAUUAUCCUGUGAUUUCUGUGGGAAAACAUUUAAUUCAAGUUCAGAUUUAAAGAAACACACACGAGUUCACACAGGAGAGAAACCAUUUUGCUGUGAGGAUUGUGGGAAAAGAUUUUCCCUAAGUGCAUCAUUAAAUAGACACAUGAAAGGCCACACAGGAGAGAAACCCUUUGGUUGUGAUGUCUGUGGGAAAAGAUUUACCUUAAACUCACAUUUAAAGACACACAUGAGAGUUCACACAGGAGAAAAACCGUUUCGUUGUGAUGAUUGUGAAACAAGAUUUUCCCAAAGGUCAGCUUUAAAAAGACACAUGAGAAUUCACACAGGAGAAAAACCAUUUGGUUGUGAUGUCUGUGGGAAAAGAUUUAGCAUAAAGUCACAUUUGAAAACACAUAUGAGAAUCCACACACAAGAAAAACCCUAUAGUUGUGAUGAUUGCGGAAAAAGAUUUUCCUUACAGUUAUGUUUAAAGAGACACAUGAGGAUCCACAGAGGAGAGAAACCGUUUGGUUGUGAUGUCUGUGGAAAAAGGUUUAACUUAAAGUCUAAUUUAAAGGUACACAUGAGUGUCCACACCGGACAGAAACCCUUCGGUUGUGAUGAAUGUGGUUUAAAAUUUAGCAUAAAGUCUAAUUUAAAGGCACACAUGAGAAUCCACAAGGAUGAAAAAGCCUUUGCUUGUGAUGAAUGUGGAAAAAGAUUUAACGUAAAGUCUAGUUUAAAGAGACACAUGAAAAGCCACAAAGGUGAACGACCUUUUAGUUGUGAUAUCUGUGGGAAAAGACUCGCCUUGAAGUCCAGCUUAAAGAGACACAUGAAGAUCCACAUGGAAGACCAACCUUAUUUGUUUGUGGGAAAAGAUCUACCUUAAAGUCAUCUUUGAACAAUCUCCUGAAUGAACAGAGGUGAAAACCUUCAGGUUGUGAUGGCUGUGGAAUCCAACAGGAGGAACUGGAAGACUCUGAAAGUUGCUUUUAAGCAGAAAUGCUACAAUUUAUUUUUAGUUGUGAUGUUUGUGGAAAAGAUUUUCCUCAAAGUUGAAGAUAUGCACCAGAAUUAGGGCAGCAGAUUUAUUGUAUCAUCGUUUAUGGUAAUAAAUCUCUUAGUUUAGGAAUUACAAUCUUUUUUCUUUAAUGAUGUUUAAAACCUCUGCAUCCCCCAAAGUCCUGUCUGUAUUGUUGGGAUUGUUAGUUUUACUAUUUUCUCCACUGUUU